AAAUUCGGCUUCCCCAUGGCCUUCACCACCACCCUCCUCUCCUGGAGCGUCAUCGACUUUGGCCACACAAUGACACCCAACCACCUCUCCGACGCCAUCACCGCCAUCCGUUGGGCCACCGACUACCUCCUCAAAGCCACUUCCAUCCCCAACACUCUCUACGUUCAAGUCGGCAACGCCUUCCGCGACCAUUCUUGCUGGGAACGCCCCGAGGAUAUGGACACCCCCCGCACAGUCUACAAAGUCGACGCUUCCCAUCCCGGCUCCGACGUCGCCGGCGAAACCUCCGCCGCACUCGCCGCAGCCGCCGUCGUUUUCCGACUCCGCGAUCCCGACUACUCGGACCGACUUCUGCAACGAGCUGUCCGCGUGUUUGAUUUCGCGGAUCAGUAUCGCGGGGCCUAUAGUUCAAGCCUACACAAUGUCGUGUGUCCGUGUUACUGCGACUUCUCAGGUUAUAAGGAUGAACUGCUUUGGGGCGCGGCCUGGCUGCAUAAGGCGACGAGGAGGAGGGAGUAUCGGGAGUACAUUAAGCGGAACGAGGAGGUGCUUGGUGCCAGCGACACGAAACACGAAUUCGGAUGGGAUAACAAACACGCAGGCGUUAACGUGCUCAUCUCCAAGGAAGUGCUGAUGGGGAAGGACGACUAUCUCCGGUCAUUCAAGGAAAACGCCGACGAUUUCAUCUGCUCUCUUCUCCCCGGCGUCUCCUCUCACCCAGAGAUCCAGUACUCUCCAGGCGGUCUGCUAUUCAAGACUGGAGGAAGCAAUAUGCAGCAUGUUACUUCCCUCUCCUUCCUCCUCCUCGCCUACUCUAACUAUCUCAGCCACGCCAAUAGCCAUGUGCCAUGUGGAGCAUCCUCGGCCUCGCCGGCUGAGCUCAGGAUGGCGGCCAAGCGCCAGGUGGACUAUAUUCUGGGAGAUAACCCGAUGGGAAUAUCAUACAUGGUGGGUUAUGGGAACAGGUACCCUCAGCACAUACACCAUCGGGCCAGCUCCUUGCCUUCGUUGGAGGCGCAUCCGGGUCGGAUCGGGUGCAAAGCAGGUGGCGCCUACUACCUGAGCCCAAAACCGAACCCAAAUCUACUGAUCGGGGCGGUCGUGGGCGGGCCGACCAAUAUCAGCGACAUAUUCCCGGAUGCUCGGCCCAUAUUCCAGCAGUCGGAGCCGACCACGUAUAUCAACGCCCCACUCGUGGGCCUUCUGGCCUACUUCUCGGCCCACCCAUAUGAUUGA